AUGCCGUCUCCCAAGCAAGUUAACAUCGCCAUUAUUGGCACUGGGGGCGUCGGAGCUGUUUUUGUUUCCCAGCUAGCAUGGCUCGCCAAGCAUCGACCCUCCGUUCACCUUAGUCUCUGCUAUAUCGCGAUGAUCGAUAAGGCGCUAUACCAUCCCAAUUAUUCGGAAAUAAAUAUUGAUACAGCGGUACCUACAUUGGAAUCCACUGGACAGGCUCCUCCAACAAUCCCAGAGAUUGUCGAAUAUCUCGCUGGUGCACCCCAUAAAGCGAUCAUGGUUGACAACACUAGCUCAGGAGCUAUUGCUGAGUCGUACCCUCAAUUCCUUGCUCGUGGAAUAAGCAUCAUCACACCCAACAAGAAGGCUUUCUCUGGAAAUUACAAACUGUGGCAAGACAUAUUCAGUGCCGCUGAAUUGGGUCAGGCUUUGGUUUUCCAUGAAUCAUCAGUCGGCGCAGGAAUGCCCAUCAUCUCAACAAUUAAGGAGCUAGUUCAGACCGGAGAUGAGGUUACCCGGAUCGAGGGUGUCUUCAGUGGAACAAUGUCGUUUUUAUUCAACUCUUUCUCACCCAUUUCAGGAACCGGUGGCAAUGCAAAAUGGUCAGAGAUUGUCAAACAGGCAAAAGAUUUGGGCUACACGGAGCCGGACCCGCGUGAUGAUCUUAAUGGCCUGGACGUGGCACGAAAGCUCACUAUCCUGGGACGUCUUGCGGGUCUGCCUAUUGAAUCGCCAUCUUCAUUCCCUGUGGAGAGUUUGAUUCCCAGGGAACUCGAAGGUGUGGCUAACGGCAACGAGUUUAUCCUACGACUUAAUGAGUUUGAUGAUGAAAUGGAGAAAGAAAAGAAUGCGGCAGAGAAGGCUGGAAAAGUCGUGCGAUUCGUGGGUAGCAUUGAUAUGGCUUCCAAACAGGUGAAGGUUGGCAUGGAAUGGUUUGAUCCAAUGCACCCAAUUGCAACAUUGAAAGGAAGUGAUAAUAUUAUCAGCUUUUUCACCAAGCGUUAUGGUGCUAUGCCGCUUACUAUUCGGGGUGCUGGUGCUGGCGGAGAUGUCACUGCAAUGGGCGUCACUGGCGACUUACUUAAGGUGAUCACUCAGCUUCGCGACUGA